AUGUCUUCAAGAGAUUCGACGAUUGAUCCAUCGAGUUUGGAACAUCUUUGCGUUGCUCAAGGUCCUCUUGAUGAUUCCGCGGCUCAGUCAGAUUGGGCCUCAAAGAAGCUUGUCUGGGUCCCUCAGGAGUCCGUUGGAUUUGUUGCGGCUUCCAUUGUUUCUGAAGAUAAGGAUGACUGCGUUGUCCAGCUGCAAGAAUCUGGCAAAAAAAUUGCCGUACCUAGGGACAGUAUCCAAAAGAUGAAUCCUCCAAAGUUUGAAAAGGUUGAGGACAUGGCUAAUUUGACUUAUCUUAAUGAAGCCUCGACCUAUUCUGGCUUAUUCUGCGUCGUUGUGAACCCUUACAAACGCCUCCCUAUUUAUCGCGAGGAAAUUGUAGAAUGGUACAAGGGCAAGAAACGUCAUGAAAGACCACCACAUAUUUUUGCCAUUGCUGAUACUGCGUACCGUAACAUGCUUCAGGAUCGUGAAGAUCAGUCUAUUCUUUGCACCGGUGAGUCGGGAGCUGGAAAAACGGAAAACACCAAAAAAGUUAUUCAGUACCUGGCAUCUGUGGCAACGUCAACAAAGAAUCAAAAGACUACUCCUAGUAAUGUGUUGUCAAAACUUCAUGGUGAAUUGGAAGCACAAUUAUUGAAAGCCAACCCUAUUCUUGAGGCCUUUGGUAAUGCCAAAACCAUAAAAAAUGAUAAUUCUUCUCGCUUCGCGCCAGAGGAGAGAAGUUUUCACAUCUUUUAUCAACUUAUUGCCUCGGCGACUCCAAAGCUAAAGGAGAAGCUUUUGCUCACUGAUGCCAUAAACCACUCCUAUCUUUCCCAUGGCAUGAUCGAGGUUCCCGGUUUGGACGAAAAACAGGCCUUUCAAGAGACCACCGAGGCUAUGUCCAUAAUGGGUAUCACUGAUGAGGAUCAGCAAGCUAUCUUCCGAAUCCUCUCUGCUGUCCUGCAUUUGGGAAAUUUGGAGUUUAAACAAGAACGAACUACUGAUCAGGCGACCCUCCCGAAUCAGGCUGUUGCCGAGAAAGUGGCUCAUCUACUAGGAGUGCCGUUGCAAGAAUUGACAAAAGCCUUCCUCAAGCCAAAGCUAAAGAUCGGUAGGGAGACGGUGUCAAAGGCUCAGACGAAGGAGCAGGUUGAGUUUGCUGUGGAGGCCAUUUCGAAGGCCAUUUACGAACGUCUAUUCCGAUGGCUCGUCACUCGUAUAAAUAAGUCCCUCGAUCGGGCCAAACGCCAAGGUGUCUCCUUUGUCGGCAUUCUGGAUAUUGCAGGUUUCGAAAUUUUCCAGACUACAGAUAAGUCGGCCAUUCGUGUAAGUUGCUCGCUCUCUGCAAAUGUUUGCUGA